AUGAGUGAUUAUGAUGGAAACUUUAUGGAUGAUCUGUCUCCACUAUCCAGUCCUAACAUAAGAGGGCUAAUAGCAAUGCUGGAUCAAAACAACAAUGAUCGAAAUCCGAUAAGCGAGACUUUCCUGAAACCAACUUAUCAACUAAUCCUCAGUCUGAGCAAAGAUCUGGUUGUCUCCGUGAGAGUUUGGCUGAACCCAAUUCUUGUUCCUUCUCCUAUCCUCGUAAUAUCUCCAGGAUUCCAUAGUCCAUUGUUGCAAUCACCAAAUAUAUUCUCUAACUCUUCUUCACAGAUUAUUCCUCCUUGUCCAAUCCCUAAUGGCGCGCCUCCGGAGAUGGUGCAAAUUUCAAGUGCCGGCGAUCAAACAAUGAUUAUACCCAACAACAAUCAUCCUCAAGGAGGCUCUGAUAAUUCCUACAAGAGUCAUAUCACAUCUCAUGAUUCUAAUGCUUGUCCCAUUGGUGCUCCUUUAAUCCCCUCUUCUUAUUCUGAAGUUGUUGUUGAAACCGAUGUUAUGAACCACAUAUCCUUGAAAAUGGUGGUGAAGAAGAUGACAUGGACAGAGAAUAUAACCAAGAGAAAGACAAAGUUGAAGAUCACAACGUUGUUGUUGAACCUUCAUCCCGAAAGAAAAGAAAAAAUGGUGGUAUCAAACAUGAUGGGAGUCACAAGACAAAACGGUACCGACAUGGUCAUAAUUCAGGUGGAAAGUGAAGAAGACCAUCCCGACGAUGGUUUUCGCUGGAGAAAAUAUGGUCAAAAGUUGUCACAGGGAAUGCAAAUCCAAG